AUGGCGCCGGGAGGCGGAUGUUGCUAUUUGCAGCCACACCAUGGCGUGGCUUUUGAAGCUCGUGAUUUUGUGCACGUUCCGGAAGAGCUGCGGGACCUGCGAUUGCAUGGCCCCAGUGUGAGCAUUGGAGGAAGAGGCUCCACUGCGGUCUUGCACAGGCAUGAAGAAGCCUGGAUGGCACAGGUAUAUGGCAGGAAGUUGUGGCUAGUUGGUGCGGCCGGCAGCGAGCUUCCUGCUGAUGCGCUGCCCACGCCUUGCCUCUUCAGGAAGGCUGGGAAAAUUGAAAUUCAAACUUCCGACGGUCCUCUGCAACUGCGGCGCUGUGUGACUGGGCCAUCCGACAUCAUGUAUGUGCCUGACCGCUGGGCACAUGCGACAUGCGGCCUCAGUAGUUUCAACGUGGGCGUUGGAUUUAUUGGAUCUGUGUCUCUGCUGCCUCCGCUGCAUCGAGCGAGCGUUACCGGAGAUCUUCGCGCAGCUCAAGCAGCUCUGCGAUCUAUGGAGCCCCUUGAACUUCUGCGGCCUGCUGGUGCAGGCAUGCUGAAUGAAGAUGGCUUGUCACCGCUACAAUGGGCAGCCUGGAACGGCCAUCUUCCCUUGGUUAAGCUGCUGCUGCGCACCCAGGAAACAGCCCACGAGACUGCUGCCCAUGCCAUCCGCUGGGCUGCUGCUCGUGGCCAUGGUCCUGUGGUGACCUACCUGGUACGACGUUUGGGCAAUGCUUUGGAUGAGCAAGGCCUGAAUUCUGUGAGACUUGCAUCAGCACCUCCCACACACUGUGAGGAACAACUCCGCUGCAUUGGGCAGCAGCCACAGGGCAUACCGCUGUGGCGCAGCAGCUCCUUGCUCUGA